UGGACUCUGAGAGAGCGAAACGAAGUGUCGUUGCUAGUAGUACAGGGGAUGCAGUGACAGUAGGUGGGCGAUACUGUGCUGGAGAAGAAGGUGGGCAGAGGGAGAGAGGGAGGGGGUCUCCUGCUCUGCAAUGGACAUCAUGUUGCUGUCAUUGUCGGCUGUCCUCCUCAGUGUAGCCAUUCAUUUUGCUCUAUUCUGCAGUGUAGCCAGAGCCAUCCAUAUCUGCAAAGGUACGCACACACCAGCUGCAGCCAUCCAAUGCUCUCUGUGUGCCUGUGUGUACGUGUGUACGUGUGUAUGUGUGUGUCAGGUGGUAUAGGUGUCAGUAGACAGCUAUCGUCGAUCGCUUCGUUCGAUGGGCGGCUCCCUCGCCGGUCACAACGAUUGGCAGCAACUGCACUUUGCAAUCGACUGGCCUUGCAACAGGUCAGUGAAUGGACGAUGGACACACGCGCAGAGAGAGAGGGGAUGUGUGUGUGUGUGUGUCUGUGGAUGGGGUCAGUCGUGAUGUGUGUGAGUUCAAUUGGCUGCAUCUGGAGAUCGAUAUCGGUCUGUUCGUGGCCUCGUUCGUCCUCAUGCUCGCCGUCUUCUACCCUGCCACACGAUGGUACGUACGUAUGUGUAUGAGUAUAUGGCCCGCCCGCCCGCCAGACAGCGAAAUGACAAAUAAUAAUAAGCUGCAUUGGCUGGCUGGCCGCCAUCGAUGUGAUUGAUGUGCGUGUGUGACGGUGCUCGCGAUUGAUGCAGUCUGCAAAAGGUGGACCGGCUCGUCUACCUGCGGAUACAGCUGCGCAACAAAAUGCAAAGUCAGCGAGCACACAUCCAUCCAUCCAUCCAUCUGUGUGUGUGUGAAUGUCGUGUGUGCAGGUGCAUUCAAGCUCGAGUACCACCACGGCACGGCCUCAGUGGUAUUCGUGCUGGCAUCGGGGCCGCUGAUACAGUGCGUCAUAUUCGUCAUUCGAUCAAGCAUGUGUGUAUGGGGGCAGACACAGAUAUGACACUCACAAAGACAGAGAGAGAGAGAGAGAGGCGGAGGCCUCAUUUGCACAUUCGCUCCCGUGUGUGUGUCUGUGUGUGUGUGUGGCGAUGUGUCAGGGAGCGUGUGACAAUCACGACCUGGCUGAUCGAGCUGACGGUGGCGGUGCUGUCCUUCCUGAACACCGUCGUCUUCAUUCUCACAUCACGACCGAAGUCAGUCAGCACACAUACACACAGAUGAGUAUGUCUGGCACGCGUGGACGCCUUGGCUUCUGUAGGACUCGUCUGAAGACGCUGGAGAGUCUCUCGUCUGCUUUGGUGUUGGAUGCGCUAAUCUUGCCGAGCAUUCUGUCAAUGCUCUUCUCCAAAACGUGGUCAGUGGACGAAGGCGCCGUGUGUGUAUAUGCAUGCAUCUCUCCGUAUCGGCUGUUCCAGCUUUUCUUUCUCUUUCUUUGCGUCGAUUCGCGUGAUUCAGCUCUACAAAAGGUGUGCAGUCCCGGCACAGAGCAAAUACGUAUGUGUCAGCAUUCUCUGUGUGUGUGUGUGUGUGUGUGUUUGUGUAGGUUUUUGGAUUCCUCGUCGGUGAAGCAGUCGUCCAUCGCGAUGCAGAUCGUCUCGGUGUCGAUACACAUCGGCGUAUUCAUCUAUGUAUGUACGCGCACAUAACCCACCGGACCCACACAGAGACACAGCCGCAUAUAUAUAUAUAUAUCUAUAUCUGUGUGUGUGUGUGCGUCAUUGUCUGAUGCAGUGUUCGGCGUGCAUAUUCCUGUGUCUGGAGCGUGCUGGGAACCCGGAUUUCCUUCGGUUCAGCAUGCCCUUCCAUCUCACCGGUCAGUCAGACAUCGACAGACACAUACAGAGGGAGGGAGAGAGGGAGAGGGAGGGAGAGACAUUGUGUGCAUGUUAUGUGGGUGGAUUUAAAUGCAGAGAUAGAGGGCGACGGUCUUGGGAUUAGCAACGAGGGACUGGACUUCUUCUCGUCGUGCUACUUUGUGAUGGUACCUAUGUGCACAUGCACACAGCACACGUGCGACGCAAUGCAAUUCAAUUCGAUACAGGUGACCAUAUCGACAGUGGGCUAUGGCGACGUAUUCCCCACCACAUCUCUGGUGUGUAUCCUUCACACACACACCACAGACACGCACCACACAGACCGACUCCUGUCACCGGAUGUCCCUCUCUCUCUCUCUCUCUGUGUGUGUGUGUGUGUGUGUGUCUUGAAAUAAAGGGUCGUGCUUUCUCCGUGCUGAUGAUCGCCGGCGGCAUCGCCGCCUUCAGCAUAUCCACACGCGCACUUGUGGAGGCAUUCAGGUCCGUACAUACAAACACACACACGCUCAGACGGAAGAGAACGCUUUCACGUGUGAUUGGGACGCAUGCAGGGUGAACCAGCUUGGCCAUGGGACGUACUCGCCCAAGAAGCGGUUCAAACACAUUGUGGUCACGGGCAACCCCACCGUCAACAUGUGCAAGGCACGUCUACGCACACAAACAUCAGUGUCUCUCUCUACCUCCACACAUGUGUGUCUCUCUCUAUUGGUGUGUGUGUGUGCGUAGGAUUUCAUCACCGAGCUCUACCAUCCGGUGCGGGCAUUGGUUGCAUUCGUGUGUGUGCACACCACACACAUGGGAUGGGACCGGGUGUCACAUAUAUGUCAUCGCAGGACCACUCGGAGGAGUCAGCGCUUAUCGACGUGAUAUUCCUCCUGUCGGGCGGCGAGAAGAGGGGCAGCUACGGUACCUAGUUCACACACAGACGAACACACACACACGUGUGUGUAUGUGUGUGUGUGUGUGUAUAGGUAUGGCUGUGCUCGAGUCGCUCAACAAUUGGCUUCGUCACCGCAGCAACAGACACCUCGCAGAGCGGGUCAACCUGCUGCAGGUCACACACACACACACAGAGGGAGAGAAAGAGAGAGAAAGAUGAGUGUGUGUGUGCGUGUGUGUGUGGUUCCCUCUAUGGGCAGGGAUCCAUCCUUGAGGUAACCUUGUCUACUAUUUUUUGUCUCCCACUUCCGAAUGAACAAUGCGUGUCUCUUUUUCGCUCAUGGUUGAAUCACUGACUAAUCAGCCAUCCGACUUCUGGCGGUCUGCGGCUCCCUCGAGCACCGCCAUCGUCAUAAUCGCAAACCUCUACUCACGGGAGUCAGAGCCAGCAUGCAGUCCCAUAUAUAUAUGGCUGAUAUACAUGUACGCCUUUGUAUAUCUGUGUGUGUGCAGUCCGAACGUGGAAGACUCGGAGAAUGUCGUGAGGGUGCUGAGCGUCAAGCAAAGGUUGCCCGAUGUGCGUGUCAUGUGUCUGCUCAACAAAGCGCAAAACUACUCCCUGCUCAAGACGGCUGGUAGACCACACGGAUGACACACACGGAGAGAGAGAGAGAGAGAGAGAGAAGGAGAGAGAGACACGCACACAAGUUGCUGUUGUGUGUUCAUUUCACAAAGACUUGACCAGAAGGGAUGUGGUGUGCCUCGAUGAGUUCAAGCUGCAGGUCAUCUCUAAGGGAUGCGUCGUGCCAGGUGGGUGAGAAGUAUGGGUGGGGCAGACAGUCCAGUCCUCACACACAAACACACACGCAACGCGAUCGAUGCAGGCUUCUCGGCGCUGAUAUGCAACCUGGUCAAGUCGAUCAGCGACGACGAGAUCGGCAGGGAGGGCGACCCACAAUGGCUGCAGGUCGGCAGGCACAUGACUGCUGUGCUGCGCACAAUGGGUGUGUGGGGUGUGUGUGUCAAAAGGAAUACGACAAAGGCAUCACGAACGAACUGUACGAGCUCCCUUUGUCUCGCGCAUACGUCGGAUGGCAAUUCCAGGCACGUCAGCCCCAUCCACAUCAUCCCCUCAGUGUGAAUGUGCCUCACGUAUCUGUGUGUGUGUGUGUGUGUGUUUGCACAGGAUGUCUUUAUCGACAUAUUGCAGCGCAGCUCCGGGCGGUCCGUGCACCUCAUCGGAUUCAGAGUGAGCUUAUGAGCCAGGAACAAACACCCACACGGACAUGUGUGUGCAUGGUCAAUGCAGUACCCAUCGUGGUAUCGCGCGCCGCCAGAGGAGACACAACAGUGAGACACCAUUCUAUGCACACGCACACACACACACAGACACACAUCCAUGCAAGUGCUUGCAGGCCUGACGACAACCAAAACAGCUCGACAAGGGGGUCCAUCGGGGCAUGGUCUCUCGCAGGUCCGUGUUCAUGUCGAUGCUGUCUACACACAUGCAUUGAAUCUCUUAGUGUGUAUUGUGAGCAGGGUCGCUGAACAUGUCGAUGAAGCGGCAGCACACCCGCUGGGGCGACUGGGGACUCAACGCGCCUGACGGACACGUAAUCAAGGACAGAAUGCACCUGUAUUCUGUGUGUGCGUCUGUGUGUGUAUGUCAUGUGUAGGCCACUGCCAUCUCUCCCUUCCACACGACGAUGACCAACAUCAAAGACAGCAGCAGCAAGGCCGUUGCAGGAGAGCCUAACAGCAACAGCAAAGACGACCCCACAGCCAAAGAGAUCCCCCCCAUCAUCUUCUUCCCCGGCAGCGCCUUCCCCAUCCCUCCACCCACACACGCAAACACACAGGCAGAGGCAGUCGACAACGCCGUCUCCGUCAGUCGACAGCCGAGCUGGUCAAACACAGGUAGGCGCCAAAAGACAAAAGACAGAACGUCAAAAGACUCUCUCUCUCUCUCUCUCUGCCUGUGUGUGCGUGCAUGCUCAUAGAUUCGUCUCGCGUCAGCGGUGAUGAGACGCCCGUCCCCGCACUUUCGCCGAGAGGCGACGACAAGCGUCCCGUCCUCCGGAGACAGCGCACGCAGAGCAUCACCAUGCGCAUGUUCCGGGCUUUCAUUAGGGGCGGGUCGACCACCAUGCACGAGGGUACCCAAUGCAUCCACACACACCACACACAUUGGGUGUGUGGAUGUCUUGUCAGCUCAAGUCGGCUCGCCCGACCCCACGAGCAGAGAGGCUUUCAACCCCAAGACGUCACCCAGAGGUGCGUACGCGCAUCUCUGCAGAGACACACGAAGACACCAAGAUUCACACGUGUUUCUGUGCUGUCGCUUUGUGGUGUUCAAUGUGCAUGUGUAGGAAUAGGUGAGAUGACGGAGAGGGAUGGAGAGAAGCCGACCCAAGAGGCAGACAGCGACGACAACAAGACGCCCUUGGGCGUCGGCAUGAUAUACGGCAUCUUCAUUGCCGGGGUGGGCUGUUAGCUGACAUUCACAUAUUGGACAGUGGGUGAGUUUGUCUGUCUGUCUGUCUAUCUGUAGGAUCGCGAAGCCAUCGUGCAGAAGCCUGAAGACGAGAUAGAGGUUGCGGCACAGACAGAGGAGUCCCCCGCCCCUAAGAUCGUCAACAAAGGCAUGCAUCCCUCAGCCAUUCAUUCACUGCCCACUGUCUCCGCGUGUAUGUGCAGGGUCGAUCCUCAAAGUGGCGCAGACCCUCAUCCACAAAUCAGCCAAGAGACGAUCCGAAUCCAACGAAGCCGAUCACCGGACAGAUCCACCACAACCAGACACAGAGCCACCACAACCAGCACCCCUCCCUGGUGCAGUCUCUGCCCCCUCCCCCUCCCCAGCACCACAACCAGCACCACUGAGGCAUCAGCAGAGCAUACCCCUCUCCACCUGCAGCAAGAGAUCUUCUUUCGCGGACCCACUCCCCCCUCAGCUGCCACCAGCUCUGCCCUCUCCCCCUCUCCCGUCAGACGACCCCCAUCUCGACACGCCAUUCGUCCACUCCGUCACCCAGAAGCAGCCUAUCAACCUUGCAGAGGCGUUCCUCAAGCGAGCGGAGAGCGGCGAUGGUCCCCUUGACCGUCCCAGACUGAGCGUGCCCAGCGUCCCCGCCGUUGCUGACGAUAACGCAGCCGAGACAGCAGAGAACAACGAUGAGUCUGCUCUCACGUUCAGGGGCCAGCAGGUACACCCUGCUCCUGCCUGGCUGGUGGCCAACCGGCGGCUGCUAAAGCGCAAGAAGUCGAGCUUCAUCAUGGAGAAGGGGCUUGAGAACUGUUCGCUCGAAGAGCUCUUCCUGACGCGGCUGCACUCCCUGAAGGAGAUCGGCAGAGCUCCACAGGCCCCGCCGUUUGAGUGUCUCGUCAACGGGGGACACAUUUUGCUUUGCUGGACGCCGGGCAAUGACGAUUCAGGGUGGCUGGGGCUGGAAUACUUGUGAGCAGCCACAUGCCCUCAUCAGCCUUAUGUGCAUGGGGCAUCUGUCUGUGUGUGUGUUGUGGUGGUCAGUUUGCGGCCGCUCCGUCUGGCUGCGCGUCAGGGGCAAGGGACGGAUAACGCUGUCGAGACGAAUUCCGACGUGCCCUUCAUGCCGCCCAUGAAACAGCGCAGCCAAGACAUGCUACACUCGUGAGAGAGACAUUUAAUCUACCCUUUCAUUUACACGCAGACAGGGAUACACAGAGCUUUGUCUGCAGAACUCCUGAUCGCUCCAGGACAGCCACGUUCGGCCGCUCGCGGCGUGUGAGCAUCAGUGUGGACGCGCUGAGCAGCACUCAAACCAAGGAGAGGAGGGGCAGCAACCUUAGUCUCGGCGGUGGCCUCAGCAGCACGGUCAACGGAGGGCUGCUGCCCGUGGUUGUGCUCGGUAUGUGCACAGGCAUAGAGAGACAGAGGUGCAUUGUGUGUGGUGUGGAUCAGUGCCCAUCAUCCCGCGGGAUUGGUGUCUGGUUGCGGACGACCCGAUGUUGUUCUACGUCGAGGGCAGCAGCACCAACCUCUUCGACCUGGAGCGAUGCGCUUUCCGGCGCGCAAAGGCCAUCGUCGUGCAAGCAAACCCCAGCAGUCAGUCCGACACCUCCGCACACACAUAUGAGAUGAGGAACAGCAGUGUGGGUGUGCUGUGCGUGGGUGCGCAGGCGAGGCAGUGAACGACCCUUACAUGAUGGACGCGUCGACGGUGUUCUCUGUCCGGCUGGUGGAGGGACACCUCACUGACAAGUCACUGCUGGCCAGCCUCCCCGGCAAAUCCAGCAGGUGCGUCCGUGCGUCUGAGAGAGUCUCUCUGCAUGUGUGUGGGAUGCAUUGGCAGGCCGCCGUCCCCGACAAGUCAGCCGGAGGAGGGCAGCCUGCUGACGCGCACCAUGGACCUGCUGCCGUGCUUCCCUCUGGUCAUUGCCGAGCUGGUCUACGACGGUAUACAUGACAAACAAUCGGUCGGCACACGUGUCUCUUGUCCAGUAGUCUCUUGCUGUGCGUGAUGGGUGCAUAUGCAGGCAAUGUCGCCUUCAUUGCCCGCGAUCGAGACGUAAGCACACAUGGACGCCUUUCUCCCAUCCGAUGAAUCUCUCUCUCUCUCUCUCUCUGUGUAUGUGUGUGUCAGAACCAGCUUGCCAACGAGGCAGCUGACGUAGGCGGCCAGUCACAAAGCGCAGAAGCGGCCGCAGAGAGAGAGGGAGAUGACACGCCGCACGACAGCAGAAGAAGAGCACACAUCAACAAAGACGAUGGCCACGACAUCUCUGACCAAGAGGGCAGCGAGAGCAGCAGGUACACGCCACUGCACCACCCAGAGGCAGCCCCAGACCCCGCCACAACACUUGAGGACACCAACGGCGCCAACCCGAGACGCACCAGCUUCGCAGCCAUGUUCGGCCACUUUCUCGGCGGCCAGCACCACCACCAGCACAGCCUAAGACGGUCAUUCAUCCGAUAUUCCAUGCCAGCCAUCGAUGAGCAACACCAACAGCACCAGCAAGAGCAUCAAGAGCAGCAGAGCGACUCGAGAAGAGGCAGCACCCGAGUCAACCGCCACUCGACGCAGGCCAUCCCGUCAGCUGCACCGAUCAAGCGGACCUCUGUUGACCGAAGGAAGGCGAGCACUGAGCAGAGGAGGCAGUCGAUGUCGAUCCUCGACGUCCUCGUGUCGCCCCGCAAACGCACGAGAGCGUCCUCUGCAGCUAUAUCGCCCAUCAUGGAGCCACCGACAGCCAGCAGCAGCAAGGAGAGGAAGUUCGCGCGAAUGACGUCGCGCGAGUCCAACAGGCGGAUCUCUGACCGAUCCACACAGCCCCUGAGCAACACUAGCAACGCCAGCAAACAGGUGAAUUUGCGGGCAGUGUGGCCACACACGAGCCUGAGAGAGGAGGGCGGCGAGGCCCGUCAGGCUAUCAUCAGGGCGAGUCUCUCUAUGGUUUCGGCCCUCUCGCCAGCGGCGGGGGGUAUGGCGAGCUUCAGGGAGAGAACGAGUGAGCAGCAGAGACACACCUAUCUCUCUCUCUCUCUCUCUUUCUUUCUCUUCGUCUCUUCGUUGGUGUGUGCCAUGACGGUUGAUGUCGUGUCGGUAUGGCAUCAGGUAUAUGCAGGAGGGUCUGCUGAUGGCGGACUACCCGCUGACGUUGGGCCACUCGCCUUACCACAGGGAGUACUACAGACAUCCCCGAUACUCAUCGGGGGAACUCUUCGUGUACGAGCGAACGAGUGCUUAAGACACCCAUCCAUCCACACGUGUGUGGAUUGUUGCCGUGUGGCUGUCAAUCAGGUCGUGUGUGACAUCGUCACUGAUAGUGAACGCCUUGUUCAAUCCCUCCCUGCCACUGCUGGUCAGGGAGAUGGUCGCUAGCAGAAUUCUGGUCAGUCCCUCAGACACACACGGUUGUACGCAGACGUGCAAUCUGCACCGACCUGUGUGCAGGUGUUGUCGGUGCCUGCUUCCUUUGCUGGGAGACAGUAUGAGGGGCUCGUCAAACACUUUCUCGACGAGCGGGUCAGGCGCCAUAUGCACAGUGAUACAUGAGACAUGAUACACACGUUAACUGCGAGAACUGUGCGUGUGAAAUGUGUGCAGGAUUUGCUUCCGAUCGUCUUGUAUCGCUCUGCCUUUGUGGACCCUGCUCUCUCGCCAUUGCUCGAAAACAGCGCACUCAGCAACAAGGUGGGCACGUCAUCCGUCAAUGUACAGAAACGUACACAAGACUGGAUGGAUGGAUGGAUGUCUGUGUGCAGGUGGUGCCUGCGUCCAGUGCCCCUGAUGCAGCUUCACAGACGCCCUUUCUGAGACGGCUCAAGACCGUGGGCAACUUGCUGGGUACGUAUAGACGGACACGCGCAUUCAUUCAUCCCUCUAUCAACGUGUGCACAUACAUGACAUGCAGGCAACGCCACGCCUCCAGCCCCCUCCCACUCCUUCACAUGCCGCACACACGCCGGCAACUUCACCAGACGGUCUGCGUCAUCCCUCGGCACCGAUGACGACGACAAGCCAGGUACCCACUCGCAUGCACAGACAUAUACAGACACAUACAGACACGUGAAUUCCUGUGCGGCUGUCACGCCAUGCAACGCAGAGGGGGACGAGGGUCAGGCUGCCCCCUAUUCCUUUGCUGAGUUGCGCAAGAAGCGACGGAGCAGAUCGCUCGCCCCUGAAGCAGUGCACAAGGGUAUGGUAUAAAUGAGCGUGCCUGUUCCUCCGUACGUAUGUCUGCUGUCGUGCAGGGGCUGAGACGGAUGGCGCCACCACGCCCGGAGGACGGUGCGCUCGUCCGUGUGUGUAUAUCAAAUACCCAUGUAUACGUGUGUGUAUAUUUGUGCACAGGCCGGCCCACCCGUCCCGGCGCAAGUCGUUCCUGCGUCGGCUCUCCCUCGCACUGAGAAUCGGCAAGAGCGACAGCAUCGUCACCGAAGGGCAAGCAGCAGCCGCACAUACACACAGAGAGAGAGACAGACAAAUUUGUACACCCACGCGUGUGAAUUGCACUGCACAUACAUACAGGCAAAAGCGGGGGUCAGAACAAGUAGAGACACCACCCCUCGUAAGCGUGCCGAGCGACGCCUACAGAAAAGAGAGACACGAGAGUAUCGGUGUAUUUGUGGCAACAGGUGACGGCCGCGUCUAGCCGUACUGCGGUGCUGAGAAAGCGGAAGAAGGGGAGGAAGGCGGUCGACAAGAAAUAUCCCGUCCGCGAGCCGCUCACCGCCAUUCAGAGAAAUGGCGGGUCCAAGAACCUCAGAAUGCAAAAGUCAGCCAUCUAUGAAGCCACGAAGCCAUCGAUCAGACACACACACAUUGAGUAUGUCUGGUUUAGGUGGGUGUUGGUAGCACCGGCAGCGUCCACAACGAUCGGCGCUCUCGAUCAGGUGGGCAUCGUCAUUCGUGCCGAUGUGCAGCACAUCGUUUCCUUUAUGUGUGUGUGUGCAGGUCAUUUGCUUCUCGCCGCGAGCGAAUUUGCAUCUGUAG